CAAGUGAAACCUGCAAUGAAGGUUGAUGUUGACGAUGAGGUCUUAGAUGAGGGAUUCAUAACACUACCGAAAAAUGUGCCUGAAAUAAAGAAAACAGGAGAACCUUCGAGUAUCGUGCAGAAGUGGAAGGAGGAGGUUCAUGAAAACGUUGUUCCAUCCACUUCGAAUAUAACACUGGAAGAAAUACCGAUUUCGAAGCGGACUGUGCUACCCUCUUUGCGUAAAAAAUCAGAAUGUCCGCCUGCGCGGAUUUGCAAACGUGGCUGUGGAAUUUCAAUUGAUGAAAACGGUUGUCAAAGUUGUCAGUGCAUCUGGAAAUCAUCAUCAUGCAGCAAUGAAGAGCCAUGCAUCGAUCCGAAGCAGAUCUGUGAUUUUGGGAGAUGUCAAUGUAAGUUUGGAUACAUUCAAGAUAUGACAAGACCUGGCGAGUGUAAAGCAGAUCCAUCGUUCCCAGAAUACAGUGUUGUUUUGACUGAUAAAAACGUUCGCGAUGGUCAGGUCAAUAGCCGCAGAAUGUCACAAGCAUCGUCUCAAAUAGAAGAUACCAAGAAAAUCACGUUACCAGUUGACGAUAUACGCAAGAAACGUGAAUCCGGAGUCCACACGUUAACAAAACGAACACGAGGAGAAAGGCUAUAG